CGUAGGUGGAAGCCCUCAGUCACAAGCCCUCUCCCUCCACACACUCCACGGGCGGUGAGCUUUCACCCCGCGGUCGGCGCAUGGACCAUAUUCGUGUCUGAAGAAUGCAAAAAACCUUCCUUAAGAAACUUUGAAGAAUGCUAUCCAGAAAACUGGGCCAACAGCUGGGCCGACCCACUCAAUCCAUCUCUGGGUGGCUGAUUAGCAAGUUCCUUAAGAAGCAUAACCAGAUCCUGGAGGAGAAUGCAGUGAAGUUGUGUGACAUCCAGCCUAAUGAGACCGUGUUGGAGCUUGGGCAUGGGCCAGGCCUGGGUUUGCAGGUAGCAGUCCAGCUUCUUACAGGACCUGAGGGAAAGCUGCUUGGGGUGGAUUACUCCAAGUACAUGCACAACAUGGCCACAGAGAGGAUACAGGAGCACAUAGCCAGUGGGAAAGUGACUCUGUACUGCUGUGAUGUUGCAGCAAUGCCUUUAGAAGACAGCAGUGUGGACAAAGUGUUCCACUGCAAUUGCUACUACUUCUGGCCUGACCUGAAGGCAGCUGCCUCGGAGAUACAUCGAGCGAUGAAACCAGGUGGGCUCAUGGUGGCGACCCUCAGACUGGAUCGUAUUGCUAGAUUUGCGUCUAAGAAAGUGUUUCCGGAUGAGAACUGGCGACCCGAAGCCUACAUGGAAGCGCUGCAGUCCUGUGGUUUUGCAGAUGUCAGAAUGGAGGAAAGAACAGACAAGUUCAUAGCAUUUCAAGCAAUUUAUGGCACUGCUACAAAAUAAAUCAGAAACAGCUCUAUCUGACUGCACACCUUGUUUCAGAAUAAAAACGCCUAAAACGAAUGAAAUUGUAAUCGGUUCGAGAGGGGUUUAAUAAACCUUUCUGUAAACUGAACAAAAUAAAAAUUCCUCUAUGUAAA